AUGCUCCGGCGCGGCAUCUCCAAGAGUCGCGUCGCCGUCGACCUCGGCGGCCUCAUCGCCAAGCGGGGCAAUAAGCUCGCCGGGAAGGCCAUCGGCAACUUCCUCACCUUCAACGGCGUCGGCGCCGGAUGCCGGUCGAACGACGCCGACUCGCUGCGUGAGUACGAGUUCAGCUGCAGCAACAGCCCCGCCGCCGCCAUCAGCUUCUUCCCGUUCACCAAGCGCGGCAAGACGACGACCAAGUACGACGAGGUGGCCGUCGUGCAGAGAAUGGUGGAGAUGCUGAACUUCAACGAGGAAAUGGUGGCCUCGCCGAUGACGGCAGGGUUCGGGAGGAGCCCGACGAUGAUGAGGCAGCUAAGGAUAACGGACUCGCCGUUCCCGGUGAGGGAAGACGGCGGCGGGCAGGUGGACAAGGCGGCGGACGAGUUCAUAAAGAGGUUUUAUAAGGACUUGAAGUCGGAGAAAGCGACGUCGUUUGAGUCUCCUUACCAUAGCUUAUGGUAG